AAAAAAAUUUGUCAAUUUUCCCUCCAAAGUUCACAAACGCUGUUAUCAAAUAACUAAAACUUUUAACUGUUUACCUGUUACUGGUGAAAUAAAAGUACUUAAACGGGUAUAAUCCAAUCAUUUCUAUUGUACUGUAUAAUUCCCAAGCUGCAGUUUAGCCAAUUUUAAUACUACCCAGUACCCUAUUUAAUUCUACAAAAUCUUUUUCGAAACAUAUUUGUAUAAAUUUAACGUUUAAUUCAAAACAAUACAGUGACGGUAGACGUAAAUACACUUCAGUUCAAUUAAUUCAAAUUCUCAGAAUGAUAGUAAAACGAGGUGCUUUGAUAGUUAUUGAAGGGGUGGACAGAACCGGUAAAACAACACAAGCUAAGCAACUAGUUGAGAGUUUAAGAAAGAGGAAUAUACAGGCUGAAUAUACAAAUUUUCCAAACCGCAAUACAGAAAUAGGAAAAGUGAUCAACAGUUAUUUAACAUCCAAGAAUGACCUUCCAGAUGAAGCCAUUCACCUAUUGUUUUCGGCAAAUCGCUGGGAGAAAUUGCGAGAUAUUAUCAAAACGCUGGAGACAGGCACUACUAUUGUUAUAGACAGAUAUUGUUUUUCAGGAGUGGCAUUUUCAGCUGCUAAAGGUCUUGACAUAAAUUGGUGUAAGGGAGCAGAUGUUGGGUUACCAAAACCUGAUAAGGUAUUUUACCUGACAAUCCCCCUUGAUGUUAUGCAAAAAAGAAAAGGUUUUGGAAAUGAGAGGUAUGAAGUACCAGAAUUCCAGAAGAAAGUAAUUGAAACUUAUGAGCAAUUGAAAGAAAAUGAUUGGGAUGUUUUAGACGGUGACAGGACUCCGGAAGAAAUUCAAGAAGAAUUACUGCAAAGGACAUUAAAUAUUCUGAACUCAGUUGAAAAUUCUUCAAUUGGUAAGAUUUGGACAAAAAAAUAAUUUGACAAAACUUAUUAAUUAGAUAACAUAUGUUUUAACAUAAUUGGAUUUUAUGUGUAAGCUUCUACCAAUUUGAAAUAUUUAUAUUAUUAUAAAACAUAUCUUAUAGGCACUAGUUAAGUGAAUUAAUUGUAGACAUUUAAUUUCCACUGUCUUUUAUAAUUUUCAAAUUAAUCAAAUUUUACAAAAUGCAUGUGUGUACGGACUGAUAUUAAAUGUUACAUAUAUCUUCCAAUUAUAAAAAUAACUUCAAGUAAACAUUAGUUAAAUUAUUUUUUAUAAAUUAUUAGCAUAUAUGACUUGUAAUAUUUAAUUAUGAAAUGUUACUAGUAAAAAUUCCCAAUUGUGCCUUGAAACAUAGAGUACAUACAUAUAGACGAAAAUAAAAUUAAUUUGUCAUUUCUUUAUAGUAAGCUUAAUCCAAGUGAAGUAGUAGUAGUAAUUAAAUUGUAAAUAAAUAAUCGUUAAAAAUGUUGAUAAAA